AUGAUCGGGACAACCCUUUUACUCGCCGGGCUGCUGUACCACAACCCAAUUGCGGCGCUGCCCGUGAUCGUUCUGGUCGCCGUGUUCUACUGGUUAGUAUGGAACAAUUACCGGUUCUGGCGGAACAUCGAUGUGCCGCAUCCCGUACCGUCGCUGCUCACGGGCAACAUGGGCCCUUCGCUUAUGAUGCGGAAGCAUAUAUCUCAGCUAGCUUCCGAUUGGUACAAUUCCUAUCCGCAUGCAGCGUUCGUCGGAUACUUCAAAGUGCUCAGCCCAGCCAUAAUGGUCAAAGACCCGGUGUUGGUGAAAAACAUUCUCACGCGAGACUUUGAGAGUUUCGCGAGCAACGAUUUCAUGCUGGACGUAGGUCGGGACCCAUUGCUAGCUCACGAUCCAUUUCUGGUGGCCGGCAAAGCCUGGAAACGAUCCCGCAGCCUUCUGACGCCAUCGUUUACCGGCGCGAAGAUGAAGCAGCUGUUUCCGGUGAUGGAGUCGGUGGGCGAUGCUUUCGUUGCGUUCGUCAGGCGCCAUCUUACGCAAGAGUUGGAAGCGAAAGAGAUUUCGGCACGAUUUACCACCCAAAAUGUGGUGGCCUGUACGUUCGGUAUCGACGGUGACUGUUUCGGCGAGCACGAAAGUGAAUUCCGGUUGAUGGGACGACGCGCUUUCCAGGCGUCUCACCUGGCGUCCGUCAAAAUGAUGCUGGGCUUCUUCAUGCCAACCCUGGCCAACUGGAUACCCGUGCCGUUCCUUCUGAAGGACGUUGAUCAGUGGAUUCGGUCGCUUGUGGCCGGCAUUAUCAGCAAACGGAUGCACGGCCAAAUCGAGGAACCAAAAAACGACGACUUUCUGAAGUCUUUGCUCCACAACAUUAACAAACACGAUGCAUCUCAGACAGAGAUCACGGCCCAUGCACUGACUAUCUUCAUCGAAGGAUUCGAAUCGUCCGCUGCCGUUCUAGGGUUUGCACUCUACAGGUUGGCAGAAAAUCCAGAAGUGCAGCAGAAAUUGUUCGAGCAAGUUAGUGAAUCGUUGCGGGCCAACGACGGCCAGCUAAGCUACGAGGUGAUGCAGCAGAUGGACUUCCUGGAGUGGGUGAUCCUGGAGACGCUUCGAUUGCAUCCCCCUGCGGCCACGAUGCACAAAACGUGCACCAAGAACUACAUAAUGCGACGGCUGCAGCGGGACAGCCACGGGCACGAGUUGGGCGUCUUCGUCCCCGUGGGAACUCCCAUUUUGAUACCGGUCCUGGCCAUACACAUGGACCCCAAGUACUACCCAGAGCCGGAACGGUUUGAUCCGGAGCGCUUCCGUCCGGAUAGAAAAAAGGAUCAGGCCGGAACGGUGUAUAUGCCGUUCGGUGAAGGACCCCGGAUGUGUCUGGGAAUGCGAUUCGGACAGACGCAGGUGAAGCUAGGCUUGCUGAAACUCAUUUUGCAAUUCCGAGUGUCGAUUGGGGCGAAUCACAAACCGUUCUGCGUUGAUCCCGGCUCGUUCAUUUACCAAGCGAAGGAUGGAUUGCUGCUCAAGUUCGAGAGACGAUCGGAAUUCUCGACGGUUUGA